CUUUGUGUGUAUGUCCUAAAGAUCUGUCACAUUUAGCAAUCAUGUGUGUCAUGUGCAUGAUUGCUAAAUCAUGUGGGCUAUGGUAGGACACAGUAAUGUCACACCAACUGUGUUGAUUUUCCUUUGUUCCACUGUAAAUGAAAUUAAAGUCAUCGUGCCUCUGGUCCCCGUGCUCGCUGAUGAGGGCAGCGACAUUGUCCUGCUCUGUCACCUCUCACCUCAGACCAGUGUGAUAGGCAUGCACGUGAGGUGGUUCAGGCAGAAGUUCAGUGAAUACGUCUAUCUGUACAAAGACAUGAGGGAGACAGUAGGAUCGGGCUAUGAGGGCAGAGCUUCACUCUUCAGUACAGAGCUGGAGAAAGGCAAUGUCUCCCUGCUGCUCAAAGAAGUCAAGAUCUCAGACGAAGGCCCCUACAAGUGUCAUGUCAGCAGACUAGAAUCGUUUGCGGAACCCCAGCUGCAGUUAACUGUUAAACGCCAAGGCUCUGUUCCCCUGAUUGAAGUUGAAAAGCUUGAGAAAGACUCUUUGAAGCUGAGGUGCAGCUCUCAGGGCUGGUACCCUGAGCCUCAGAUGGUUUGGAUGGAUAAGAAAGGAAGAAACAUCACAUUUACAGCAGAGCCAGCCAGGCAGCAGGACAAGAACAGUCCCUUCUCCGUCUCCAGUCACCUCUACAUGAUGAGGUCCAGUAAUGAAGAGGUCACCUGUGUGGUUGGCCCAAAGGACCGUACAGCACAUACAGCACAGCUCAGGACCUCCGUAAAAAUCAACGAUCACUUCUUUGAAAGCACCCACCCUGUGAGGCUCUAUGUCUCGGUUGUUGUGAUAGCCUUUGCACUGGCCCUGAUGUCCAUGGCAGUCGCAUGUCUUAAUAUCCGCAGCCAAGAAAGAGCCUGUAAGGAGAAGCUCAGAGAAUAUGAUUCUAUCACUUCACAACUGGAAAAAACGAGGAGAGAACGCGAGGAUCAGACCCGCGUAAAAGGUGGGUGUCAAUUAUACAAAAGCUAGAACGAACAUCUCUUUACCACACAGCCAAAAGCAAAAUCACGCUUCUGAGAGUUUAUUAAAUGAUGAUUUAAGCACAUGCAGUAGUCUGGAUUUAGCUUGAGGGUCCUGAGGUCGAUUCGGAAGCUCUGCCCCUAUGAAACGAUCCAGAGGGAUUGCUGCAGGGACAGUGACCAUGGGCUUAAUGGAGGGAUGCUUGAGCACUGAAUUCUGGGAAUUGACGUCUAGUGACCCGUAGACCCGUGCCUGGUAGGAGCUGUUUGAUCCUCUUUUUCAACAUCCAUUAGGACCUCCACACAGCACUCCAGCAAUUAACGUGUCUCAGAGUUCGUUAAAGGAGUACUGGCAGGCAAACAGAACUUUGAAGAUUGAAGUUCUGUGCCCAAAACCCAUUCCUCCCCAACUUCCUAUCUUCAGAUUUGCCAGUGUUUAAUUUCUACUGUAGACAAAACAGGAAAUUUACCCUACAGGAAAUGAAGAGGAAAUGCAAUUCACAUGCAGUUAAAGAUCAGACACACCGUAUUAAACGGGGCUCUGUCUUCAGUGUUCAAGAGAUGGAUAAAGCACUGCACCUUUGCUAUUAAAAGGACAUCUUGCAUAUACACAUUUAUAUAUUUAACUGUAUUUUGUAUAUAUCCUCAAGGGAAGAUAUUUUAUUAACCCCCUGAAUUACAACAGUUUUAUUAGUAUAGUACAAUCUCUUGUGUAGGGAAUCAUAAUAGUUACCACUUUACAUUAGGGUGGUAUGAUGAGUAUUGUUCCUUGUGUACCAUAAGCACAAGAUUUUUUGUAUCUACAUUUAAAUCUUUUAUACUCCUGUCUUGUACA